AUGCCGGGACGUUUUGAUGGGCGCGUCGCUAUCGUCUCCGGCGCGGGCAGGGGCAUCGGCAAGGCCAUUGCUACACGGCUAGCUGCUGAGGGCGCCAGCGUGCUGCUGUUUUCCCGGACCGAGUCAGAGCUGCAGACGGUGGCGGCGGAGAUCGAGGCGUCAGGCGGCGCGGUCCACUACGUCGUCGCGGACGCCUCCAAGGAGGACGACGUGGUCCGCGCCGUCGCUGCGGCCGAGGAAAAGUUUGGCGCCCCCGCCGACAUCUUCAUCGCCAACGCCGGGUGGUACCCCUUCAUCAAGCUCGACGACGUAACCUUGGACCAGUGGAACGAGAUCAUUGCCGUCAACCUGACGUCAGCGUUCCUGGCGGUCAAGGCGGUCACCCCGGGGAUCGUCAAGGCCGGCAAGGGCGGCCGCAUCGUGCUGAUCUCAUCCAUCUCCGGCCCCAGGACCGGGCUGUCCGGCUACGCGCCCUACACCGCCGCCAAGGCCGGCCUGCAGGGCUUCGUGAAGACGGCCGCGGUGGAGCUGGCAAAGCACAAGAUCAGCAUCAACACGGUGCUGCCCGGCAACAUCUACACCGAGGCCCUGGCCAGCCUGCCCAACGGCUACGUGGAGGAGACCGUCAAGGCCAUCCCCGCGGGCACCCUGGGUGACGUCAGCGACAUCGCUGAGGCGGUGGCAUACCUGGUGGCCGCGGGGCCCUUCACCACCGGGGCGGAGAUCGUGGUGGACGGCGCCCAGUCACUCCCCGAGAGCCAUUUCGCAGAGUUUUAA